AUGGCAGACCAGAAUGAAAUGUCCAAAAUCAGUGAGCCUCACGAGUCUGUCUUGCUGGCUGAUGCCUCAGCAGAGAAGGCAAUGCAAGCUCCUGACACUGACCUAGGGAUUGAAACUGAAUAUCCUGAGAAGGCCUUUGCAGACAUUAAGGGCACAGAGCCUAUAUACUUGGAAGCACACAGGCUGAUGGAAGUGGUGCCUGCCUCACAUUUGAUUCAAAAUUUUGCUAAGCCUUACAUAAAUCUGAACCAUGAUGGUGUAGGACCUAAAGGUGUCAAAGACAUUGCUAAUGCUGUGGUAUCCAACACAACCAUUACACAAUUAGAGUUGGAAGACAAGUGCAUUUUGGUAGAAGGAGCUAUAUUAAAACCAAUAAAUUCCUUGGACUCAUCCUUCUUAUACUCCCUUCUUUUCUUCCAAAACAUCUCUAAUAAGCACCUACACACAUCAAGAGCUGAGGCCAUUGCCAGUUGGCUUUUGGAUAAUUUGUCCUACCUCAAUGUUUUCCAGCUCUUAGGGGGCUGUAUGCUCACGAACACUGAUGGCAGUAGAAGUGAAAGGAGGGGAGUGACAGGCUUGGUGAGCACCUGGUGUUUAGCCAAGGUCAACCCACCACAACUUCUUACAGCCAGAUAUGGACUACAUGGCUUCCUUAUUCUCACCAUAUCUGGAUCUAUGUCUCUUCUUUUACAGAUGGCCAGUAAUCCCCUGACCACAGAAGAUGCCACUGCACUGGUCACAACCAUCAUAAAGAACAGAUUUCCCUCCAAAUUCAAGCUCAAUGAGUUGGUAAAUGAAAUUUUCAUCAAGUUGCUGGAUUUGGUGUGUCAGAUGCAUCCUGAACUAGAUGUCAUUGGCUGUAUCACCAAGAUCCAACAGCAUCCAAAUCCCAUGGAAAUGAUUCAGAACCCUUUGAAAGAGCACAACCUACAACUUGGAGAAUUCUUUGGGAAGAUUGAUAAGGAUGGAAACAUGAAGAUGCCUGUGGCAGCCUUCUGGAAAGCCAUGAUGCUAAAAGUCCAAAUUGGUGAACUAGUGCACAAUCUAGACUGAAAUUAGACAGUAGUUGUGGAUUACAGUCGCUUAAAAGACCAGGAGCCAGCACAGAAGCCUGUGGAAGGGGAAAUUGAGGAGGAAGAGAAGGAAUAG